UCUCAAUCAGACCAUUUUCGCUCAUCUCUCCCAUCGACGGAUCACAUCUGUCACUCCGGAUUAGCUGUCAAAUCUCCCCUAUCAUGAUGCAUAUCCGCCCGCGGCCUGGGUUCUUCUCUGCCCUCCGCGGCCCCCUCUCCACUCGGCGCUUUGCGACCGAGGCGCGGUUAACGUCGGACCACGUCCGGAUCGUUGAAGUCGGCCCCCGCGAUGGUCUCCAGAACGAAAAGAAAUCCAUCCCGCUAGAGACGAAGCUUGAGUUGAUCAAGAAGCUCGCUGGUACGGGCGUCACGACCAUCGAAGCGGGCUCGUUUGUGCCGGCCAAAUGGGUGCCUCAGAUGGCCAGUACGAAUGAAAUCUGCGAGCAUCUCCUGCGGACGCCACCGCCAUCCGCGACCGCCAUCGCCUACAAUUACUUGGUGCCGAACGUGAAGGGACUGGAAGGCCUAGUCCGGAUCAUGGACGACACCGGGGUCUCCGCCGCGGGGGGCUCGGCGGCAGACAAGGCCUCCACGACGACGGAGAUCUCCGUCUUCACCGCCGCGACGGAGGCCUUCUCCAAGGCGAAUACGAACUGCACGAUCGCCGAGUCGCUGGAGCGCAUCCGGCCGAUCGUAACGCAGGCGCUGAGCCACAACAUCCGGGUGCGCGGCUACGUAUCGGUAGCGCUAGGAUGCCCCUACGAGGGGCCGAACGUGCCUACCUCCACCGUGACGGAUAUCACAGCGUCGCUGCUGGAGAUGGGCGCCGACGAGGUCUCCAUCGGCGACACGACGGGCAUGGGGACAGCCCCGCGCACGAUGGAACUGCUAAACGCGCUGCGGGCGGCGGGGAUCGCCAACAAUGAUCUAGCUUUACACUUCCACGACACGUACGGUCAGGCCCUAGUCAACACCAUUGUCGGGCUGGAACACGGCAUCCGCAUCUUCGACAGCAGCGUCGGCGGCCUGGGCGGCUGCCCGUACUCCAAGGGAGCGACCGGCAACGUAGCGACCGAGGAUCUGAUCCACACGCUGCAUUCGCUCGGGAUGCACACGGGGGUCAACCUCGAGGCGAUGUCGAAGAUUGGGGACUGGAUCAGUGGGGAGCUGGGGCGGGCGAAUGCCAGUCGGGCGGGGAAGGCGAUUCUGGCGAAACUGCAGGAUUAGGGUCUAGACUGUUGGGUUUGGGGGGGGAUACUGUUAUUUGAACAUGACUAUCUGUAUAUGGAAGGCUAGGCAAUGGAGAUCCAUCGGUUGCAUCUUGAACUGGUUGAAGCUUAUCGUCAUUUCGGUCUCGACAGCCCGAGAGCUCCCCGCUGGUGGAGCUUUGAUUGGUGGACGGUGCCGACGGGAGGAAUUCUAAUUGAUCAUUGGCUGUAGAUCCCGGGGAUUGCAU